AUGGCUCGCAUCGCCGCUGUUGCUCUUCUGGCCUUCGCCGUAUCUGCCCUGGCUGCCCCUCAAGCGCCUGAGGACACCAAUGAACCAAUCCUUGACUUUGAAGGCAACCCGUUAUCCGAGGCCAAGCAAAAGGAGUUUCUUGAGCUAGAUCAAGAGGGUCAAAAGAAGUAUGACGAACUUGUGGCUACGUACACCAAAGAGCAGCAGGGCAUACAUAAGGAGAUUCAAGUCAUUAGUGCGAAGCAAGGCGUUAUACUACGCAUUCCAAAGUCCGAUGAGAAGGAAUCCGCACCAUAA